GCAAAUGUAUCAACUCCCCUCGUCCACCGAGCACCGGUUGAGCACAUACUGUCACUUGCGUUACUGUUAAAUGGAGGAACGUCCCUGUGAAGGGGCAACAGGAGUAUAUAUAAGUCAUGGAGCAGAAAACGCACCGGAUCGAUCGAACAUAUCGAUAAACAAUGAUCAGAACCACUGUCAGCUCCAGAACGAGAAAACGCAGACGAAGAAAACAGAAAAUGGCAAAAUAAAUGGAACUCUGAAGGAGGGAGAGGUGACUCCCACAUCCUUUAACCCAGACAGCUCCCCGCUCCCUGCAAACAGCAAUGGCGACAGACACCUGCUAGAAUUCAACGUGAAACCCAAGCCCACUCGACGGGUCUUCCUCAGCUACUCGACAGGGGACAGAAAAGGUAGAAACGCUUGCAGAAACAGUAUGGACUUCAAAAAUGACAAGUCCUCAGAGCUAAAAACAAUCGAGGGCAAAAAAGAGGUUUUGGCUUCGCUGAACGGUGUGGUGUCGCUUAACUCUGUACCACUUACCAACGGUUACCCCGGCAAACCUGGAGCUGACAAUGAUGGAAGUGGCUCAGAGAGUGGAUACACGACUCCCAAAAAGCGUCGGGCCCAAAGGAAUGGCAAAGCUGGGGACAAUGUGACUGCUUCUACCCAGGGAAAAGCCAUGCAGCAGGGCAGCAAACAAGACCAUGGGUCUGCGGCACCAGAGUCAGCCGACAGAGCCUCUCAGGUGGAGAGCGGCAGAGCCGGUUCAAAAGCAGAAGGUUGCUACGUAAAAGCCAAGGAACAACCCGCCACCCCACCUCCUCCACCAGCGGCCGAACUUCAACGCAAGAACUCAGACAGCAAAGCCACUGGCAAGAAGUUUGAAGAACGGUCCAGCAAAGCUAAGGUGGCCACGUCCACCAAAGAGGACUCGUGGACCUUGUUCAAGCCUCCGCCUGUUUUUCCUGUGGAUAAUAGUAGCGCUAAGAUUGUGCCUAAGAUCAGUUAUGCAAGCAAAGUGAAGGAGAACCUCAACAAGACUGCCCAAACUGGGGGGGAGGCUCUCACUCCUGCUCCCCAGGUGCCUGGGAGACCGCCACAGGUCCCCAUGUCUGCGGUGAAAACCAUCACUUCAGCUAGCUUUACCAACGGUCCCCUGCCAGGGGAAGGGAAUGGCUGUCCCUUACCCGGACCCCAUUUCAGCUCAACGGCAAGCACUGGUCCUCUGGUGUCCCCAGCUGUUCCCGCUGAGAAUGUAGCAUCUCCCCCUGGCUGUGCUAGUACCGCCGUUGGAAGUUCCACCACCUCUUUGACUGAGCCCAGGAAGGCCAGUCUGUUUGUUUACCCCAAUAUGCAACUUUCGCUCCCUAGCGGCCGCCAAGCCGACCCCCCUGCUGCUCCGACAAAUCAGAAGUCUCUGGGGGACAUUUUUCAGAAUCAGUGGGGCUUGUCCUUUAUCAACGAGCCUAGUGCUGGUCCAGAGACCGUGGCUUGUCGUUCAAACGGAAAGGACGUGAUGGUGGAGGUGAGCUUUCAGGGAGACUGUCCAGCUGCCGUGGCCGCUCAGACCUCCGGUACCUCUCAGAGACUGGAUCAACCGCCCUUCUCCAAGGCUCACGAGCCGGAAAAACGGACUAACGCUCAGAAUCUGAGCAGAGGUGCCGCUGUGGCGAGCGGGUCCGUACCCGAGACCUCUGUCCUCGACCUGGAAGCCCUGAAAGAUGAGACGGGGGUUCAUGGUGCAAUAGUGUUUUGUUCUUCCUCUAAGGACGUUUGUGCCGAGCUGCCUCCCACCUCACCGGCUGCACCUAAGGUGGCUUUGGCCAAGGACCAGGUUCUUACUAAGGGCUUUGACAGGAGGUCUAGCUGGGGGACGUUUGAUCUAAAAGCUGCUGUAAUUUAUCACACUAAAGGAAUGGAAUAUAUUUUGAAUUUGCAAAAACAAGAUCCAAAUCGAGUAGUCCUCUACAGCGAGUCAUGGGAUGGACCUGCUCAAUGAAGCUGCAUCUGGACACUAUAUCUCAGCUGAACUCUGCUGCAAAAGAUGUGCUUGAGGAACAAGACUGCUGCCUCUGAACAUCCCGAAUCGGAACUAAUCCAAUCUUAAGAUGGUUUAGAAAGGACCUUGUUACCAGUAAGCAGUCAAGGCGAGAGGAAACAAGAGAGUACGCUUAAGAAAACGGGUUAGAUGAUUUUAGUGUAUUAGAAUGGAAGAAACUGAGCUGUUGAACUGAACUCUAAUGCGCAUAUGUUGCUGAAGACAAUUUGGAUGACUUUUGGGGACGUAAAACCCACAUGUCAAACAUAACUCAAACUUUGGACAAAAGCUUCUCCUUUAAGUACUCAUGGACCUAAGAGAGCUGUCUUCAUCUCCAGCCUCCUGGGGAAGAGGAUACGUUACCACGCCUCCUCGUUCACACUCUUAAAAUCAAACGAUGUAGACUCAAAGUGGUUUUGUGUGCAUACACAUUGAAUUCCUCGAUCUCAAGUGUUGCUCUCUAGUGAAAUAACAUACUGUGGCCAGAUGAACAUGGCUUUUUUUGAGAUUCAGGGGCAUCCAGCUACAUCCAUGUCUGAGGGGGCAGGUCGCCUCUGGGAUGAAUAAUUGUCUUAAUUUAAUUUCUGGACAAGACCGAGUCUUGUUAGUGAGGUGUCUCCUUUUUCUUUUCAUUGAGCAGGUUUUUGAGGUACACUUUGAUUGGGAAACUGUAGUGUGCAUGUGCAGUAUGCCGCUCUGUGCGUCCUCUUUUGAAAGAAUUCAAAGUGCUAUCGUUCAGUGGUCUUACUGUUGUCCGUUCACGUUUCUGACAGCCAUUCACUUUUCUUGCUCAUUGUGGGAGCGUAUAAACUGAGGGCAGGGCUGUAACGUUUUUUUUUUUGGAGCGUUUUUAUGUUUUUAAAUAACAGGUAGGACCCUGAAGACUAAUCGCUAGAUGUGCCACUCUUUACACCGUUGCUUUAGCUCCGGCGCUGAUAGGUACAGUACGUCGCAGGUAUUUUAGAAGUGUUUUAAAAGUUGGUUAUGCUCUUCCUGUCGAUUAGUUCUCUAGAGCUGCUUGUCUACUUGGGGUUUUUGUUUUUGCCCAAAUAGACAAUACUAACUCCAAUUAUGUUGUGGAGGUGUGUCAUUUCGGAGCAUACCAGAGAACGCUUGCUAGAUCCGGACUUUAUAUUUUACUAGCCCCGCAUCUAUGGUUAGCUUUUUAUUGAGCCCCGCGAGUCAAACUAGUCACACUUAAUGGACUUAAUGGCGUAUAUUUUAGUUUUUUUAGCUUAUCAAUUAUAUAUUUGCUUAAGCACACGAGCCUCAUCGAUAGAACCGCUGUUGACAGGAUUUCUGCCUGUAUACGUCAUCUUUCUCAUGUCAGAAAAUGCAUUCUGAAGUCUAUCCUCUGUUGUAUCAUUUCACAAAUUAAUUGAUUUAUACAUAAAAUCAGUAGCACUUUAAGUAUUAUGUUUUUGAAUUGUAUUUCCUUAAAUGUUGACAUAUCUGUACGUGUUUGAAAUUCUAGUAAUUAAUCAUAGGCUACUAACUUCAACUUCUACCUAAGGACUGUCGGUCCACAAUCUCGAAAGAAAAUAAAGAAAAUCAUUUAAAAAAAGGUAAAAGAAAGAAAAUGAAAAAGACGCUCAGGUAGAUUUAGGGCAGUGUUAUUCUAUCUAACAAAAAUGCACCAACAGUGUUAUUGCCAAAAAUGAAAAGAACGUCCCAUGUUUGUACCAGCUGUUUUUAAAAUGUUAACCUUUAAGGGAACCGAUUUCAGUUUUGACUGAGAGCCAAGCUUACAUCUUCACAGGCAUCAAAAUGGUUUCUGUACAUGACCACAAGACACUGCCAGGUGAAAAGAUGCAAGUACACAUGGACAAAGUUAACCACACUACGUAUCUAUGUUUUUUUUUAUGUGUCUGCUCGAGUUUCAAAAAGCAGCGUGUGCAGGUUUCCAUCGUGGACAGAACCUGGAACGUGUUGCUGUAGUUAUUAAUCAAGUUUCUCUUCUUGAGCUGUCCGAUGUCUUUAGUGUAUGUUGGUUUAAAGCGUCGGCCUGAUGAUAAAACCGUUUGUUUUGAAGUUCUGCUUUAUCUUCUCUAAUUCCGGUUGGAUUCCACUUAAAAUCAGCUUUGUGCAAUGUAGAGAAAUCCUGCUUAUUUCUUGGCUUUUUUAGACGCUCAUCACUUUAUGGCUUCACUUGAGUUUUUAUUGUAGUUAAUAAUUGUCGUUAAAUGGCUCGCGAAGAGCAUUCCUAGUUUGUUUUUCUUUUCUUUUGAUAUCCAAGGGAUUUGCUUAAGGAGUUACUGAUGUAGGCAUAAUUUAUAACCAUCUGUUAUUAAGUUAAUCAUGAAAUACCUCUGUGAACACGUGUUGUCCCGGUAUCCCUGUUUUCACCCUGUCGUAGUCAUGAUUUUCAUUGUAAACCCUGUCAACAGAAUGAACUACGUCAUGAAACUAAACUCCAGGGGUCAGAUGCACAUACAGAGGUUCUAUGCAUUGAACAGAGCCAAGUUUAUAGUUUGGAGGGGGGUUGCACAUUAGCUUAAUUUACUCGAUUCAAAUAAGCACUUAUUACCCCGCAAAUGCUAUCAUUGCAAUAUAAAUUAUUUACACAAAAGAUCUUUAGCUGCCCUUAUCUAGUGUUUAAAGCAAUGAAAGCAUGUACAGGUGGGAGAGAGGUACAGAUGUACUUGAUGGGUUUGAUUGCAAAAUCUGUAACAAGAAAAUGGCAUAUUCAUGUGUUCUCUUGGUGUAUGAAUGUGUUUUCUCGUCCUGUCCUUACAACUCAACUGGUUUUGCGUGUGGAUGCAUAUAUGUGUGUGUUCGUGUGCAAGCAUGUGUAUUCGUCCUCAUCCAUACGCUCGAUUAUAUGCAAGUUAAUAUUGCGAACUGUUUAAGUUCAGGGUGCCUGUGUUAAGCGAUAUAUUAAAUGGAAUCACAUCAGAACAUGAAACACUUGCUUUUCCUUAAUUCCCUCCCCAGCGAUCUUCAGUUGUGCCAUGUUUUGACUGUUAAAAGUUUUAAUUAAUAUUUCAUUUUUAUGUUGCUCUCUCUGAAUUACCUACAGUGGACACAAAGAGGGGGUUACAUUUAUGUCUCAAAAAACUUUGUCACUGCUAAUAAACUUGAAAAAGAU